GAGUGCAAAAACCUUCCAAAAGGUUUCCCUGGAUGAGGAGAAGCAGAGAGAUGGGGGAGGAGAGAUGAGUGGCUGCUCUAGAGCUACAUAAAUAAUUUCCAGCUCUAAACGGGACAAUUCUGAACUUCCUUGCCAGGUUUGGUCACGCUGGUGUUUACUGGUGGGGAAACCAGGAAGAGCUGGUUCUUGGUCGUUGGAUUUUGACUAGUUACUGCGAGAGGUGGAGCCAAUUUUAGUGGGUCUCUUUGAAAAAGCCCAGCAAGAUGUCAGGGCUGCUCUCAGUCUCCUUCCACCUUAUCCUCCUCUUCAAGUUUGUUGCCCCAGUGACCUUUCGCCACCACCGCUAUGAUGAUCUUGUGCGGACGCUGUACAGGGUGCACAACGAAUGCCCCUACAUCACGCGGGUUUACAGCAUCGGGCGCAGCGUGAAGGGGAGACACCUCUACGUGCUGGAAUUCAGCGACUACCCUGGGAUCCACGAGCCUCUGGAGCCGGAAGUCAAGUACGUGGGAAACAUGCACGGCAAUGAGGCGCUGGGCCGCGAGCUGCUGCUGCAGCUGGCGGAGUUCCUGUGCGAGGAGUUCCGGAACGGGAACCAGCGCAUCGUGCGGCUGCUGGAGGGCACGCGUGUGCACAUCCUGCCGUCCAUGAACCCCGACGGGUACGAGGUGGCCGCCGCCCAGGGCGCAGACAGUUCUGGGUAUCUGGUUGGCAGGAACAAUGCGAAUGGAGUGGACCUGAACCGCAACUUCCCGGAUCUCAACACCUACAUCUACUACAAUGAGAAACACGGAGGCCCCAACCACCACUUGCCUCUUCCAGACAACUGGAAAAGUCAGGUGGAACCGGAGACACAGGCUGUGAUCCAGUGGAUCUGCUCCUUCAACUUUGUUCUUUCAGCCAAUCUCCAUGGAGGGGCAGUGGUGGCCAAUUACCCAUAUGACAGAUCCCUUGAACAUCGGGUCCGAGGGUUCCGCCGGACUGCCAAUACCCCCACGCCCGAUGACAAGCUUUUCCAGAAGCUGGCCAAGGUCUACUCGUAUGCACAUGGAUGGAUGCACCAAGGUUGGAACUGUGGGGAUUAUUUCCCAGAUGGCAUCACCAAUGGGGCUUCCUGGUAUUCUCUCAGCAAGGGAAUGCAAGACUUUAACUAUCUCCACACCAACUGUUUUGAGAUCACGCUGGAACUGAGUUGUGACAAGUUUCCUCGCCAGGAGGAAUUACAGCGUGAAUGGCUGGGUAAUCGAGAAGCUCUAAUCCAAUUCUUGGAACAGGUACACCAGGGUAUCAAAGGAAUGGUGCGUGAUGAGAAUUAUAAUAACCUUGCGGAGGCUGUCAUUUCUGUUAGUGGGAUUAACCAUGACAUCACUUCAGGUGACCGUGGUGAUUACUUCCGGCUGCUGCUUCCAGGUACCUACACUGUCACUGCCACAGCACCUGGGUUUGACCCAGAGACAGUGACUGUGACCGUGGGUCCUGGGGAACCAAAACUGGUUAACUUCCAUCUCAGGAGAAGCGUCCCUCAAACAGCCCCACCGAGGAGAGUUCCCAACUCAGGACAUGGAGGCAGAGGCAGACCAAAGCAAGUGCAGCCCCAGGUCGCCAGGAAAGAGGAGAUGGAGAUGACGCAGCCCCAGAGUCCCUGCCUGAGAUCCACAGUGCUGGGGCCACACGGUAGAAAGGCUUGUUCCCACUUUCCCAUCACAUGAAGCUUUCUUUCUAUUUUAUUAUCUGGUAUAUAUUUAAAUACAACCAUAUUCAGAACAAUUCAGAAUGGUCUCUGUUCCCGGGGUGAGAUCCUCUGAUGUGGCAUUGCAUCCAGUCAGCGGAUUCAGUAAGAUUUUCCAAUUCUGGGGCUAUGGUUUGGAUCCAGAAGGCUCCACGUCAGUCAACACUGCAUCUGGAGACCAGCGGCUGGUUGGCCGUCUACCUCCAGAGUCCAGCCCCAAGCCUGCAACAUAGCAGGCACUCGGGAGAUUCCAGAAUGCAUGGCUGAAAGGCUGAGAUGAUUCAUCAUGGGUGUUGUUCCCAUAGCAAGGCCAGGUGACCAAGUCUUUGGCCAUCCCAGAGGACUAUUUCAACAAUAGCCAACAG